GCGGCAGCACUGGAAAGGAAGCCAGCUGGAGGAGCGCGCCCUGCCGAGCCGACCACCCAGCAGAGCUGAGCCGAUCUCGCAGGGGUUACAGGCACAAGGAUUCUUUCCAGAGGCUGGCUCUGGCCCUUGGCUCAGCUGCCCCUGUAAUGUGGAGUCCACUCCUCUAGGUUGGGACUGGAGCUUUAAAAUAAAAUGGAUGAUCUGACGUUACUUGAUCUUCUGGAGUGCCCUGUGUGCUUCGAAAAGCUUGAUGUCACAGCUAAAGUCCUUCCUUGCCAGCACACCUUCUGCAAGCCAUGUCUUCAGAGGAUUUUCAAGGCCCACAAGGAGCUGAGGUGCCCCGAAUGCAGGACCCUCGUGUUUUGCAGCAUCGAGGCACUGCCAGCCAACCUGCUGCUGGUGCGUCUCCUGGAUGGCGUACGCUCAGGACAGAACUCCGGGAGAGGAGGCUCCUUCCGCAGGCCUGGAGUGCUGACCUCACAGGACAGCAGGAAGAGCAGGACCAGCCCCAGAAGUCUGCAGGCCAGCUCUUUCCGGCUGGUGCCCAACAUCAGAAUCCACAUGGAUGGGGUACCUCGAGCAAAGGCCUUAUGCAACUACAGAGGUCAGAACCCUGGCGACCUGAGGUUUAAUAAGGGAGAUGUCAUCCUGCUCCGGAGACAGCUGGAUGAGAACUGGUACCAAGGAGAGAUCAAUGGAGACUGUGGAAUCUUCCCAGCCAGCUCUGUGGAAGUCAUCAAGCAGCUGCCCCAGCCGCCCCCGCUCUGCAGGGCUCUCUACAACUUUGAUCUACGAGACAAGGACAAGAGUGACAACAAGGAUUGCCUGACAUUUCUCAAGGAUGACAUCAUCACUGUGAUCAGCCGCGUGGAUGAGAACUGGGCAGAAGGAAAACUGGGAGACAAAGUAGGCAUCUUCCCGAUCUUGUUUGUAGAGCCAAACCUCACAGCAAGACACCUCCUAGAGAAGAACAAAGGGCGUCAGUCAUCCCACACAAAAAGUCUGUCCCUGGUAUCCUCAUCCCCCAGAGGCAAGACAACCAACACGCCUACACUCCGGAGGGCCCCAGGGUCCAGGAGGAAGGGACCUGGGCAGUUCUCCAUUACAACAGCCUUGAACACUCUCAAUCGGAUGGUCCACUCUCCCUCGGGGCGCCAUAUGGUGGAGAUCAGCACCCCGGUGCUCAUCAACUCCAGCAACCCCUCUGUGUUCACCCAGCCCCUGGAAAAGGCAGACUUCCCUCUGAGCCCUGCUGGACAGGUCAGCACUUACCACCCUGCACCUGCGUCUCCAGGACACUCCGUGGCCGUGGUCGGUCUACCCAGCUCCCAGAAACACCUGUCAGCUAACAUGUUUGUAGCCCUGCACUCCUACUCAGCCCAUGGACCUAAUGAGCUGGACCUGCAGAAGGGAGAAGGCGUCAGGGUCCUGGGGAAGUACCAGGAUGGCUGGUUGCGGGGUGUCUCCUUGGUCACUGGGCGAGUCGGCAUCUUCCCAAACAACUACGUCAUCCCUAUUUUCAGAAAGGCCUCUAGUUUUCCAGAUUCCCAGAGCCCUGGUCUCUACACUACAUGGACAUUGUCCACCUCUUCUGUGUCAUCCCAAGGCAGCGUUUCAGAAGGUGUGCCCCGGCAAAGCCAAACUUUCAAAUCUGUCUUUGUGCCCACGGCCAUAGUCAACCCUGUGAAGAACACAGCCGGCUCAGGAGCUCUAGCACAAGGGUCCUUCCGGAAAGGGCGGAACAGCAUGAGAAAGAGUAAGUGGUGGCAGAGAGAUGGAUCGCUGCAGAGACCAGCCCAGUCUGGCAUCCCCACCCUCAUGAUGGGCUCUCUCAGACGCAGCCCUACCAUGAUAGCCGGGCCUCAGCACUUCCAGUUCUACGCGGCACAGGGGGUACCAUCCUCCCUGUCUCUGGAGAUGGGGCCCAAGCCUGCUUCCACUGGGGAACCUGUCCUCACCUGCAUCGGUAGAGGCAGCGAAUCCAGGAUCCACUCAGCAGCCAGUUCCCUCAUCAUGGAAGGCAAGGAAGUCCCCACCAAAAGUGAACCUCCACCAAAACCACCUGCAUCUGCCCCUCCAUCAAUCCUAGUGAAACCAGAAAACUCAAGGAAUGGUAUUGAAAAGCAAGUAAAAACUGUGAGAUUCCAGAACUACAGCCCUCCUCCCACCAAGCAUUAUGCGUCCCAUCCCACCUCUGGAAAGCCUGAACAGCCAGCCACCCUCAAGGGGCCCCAGCCUGAACCUGUGGGCCCAGAGAUGACCAUCCUAUUUGCCCACCGAAGUGGCAGCCACUCCGGACAGCCAACAGACCGAAGGAAGUCAGUCUUUGGCAAGGCCACAACCCCAGUACCCAGUGCCUCAGCCACACAGACCACGUUUCCCAGCAAAUGAAUCUACAGGUGGCUUUUCCUAGACCCCAAAGAGGUGAAUUGCAUUUAAAUACAGUGUGCUUCCACUGAGAGCAUCCUGCCAUUCUUGAGGGACUUGGUCUGCUUGUUUUAUCCCCAGGAACGGGAAGGUGAGAGCAGGAAUUCCUGCCCUGCAUAUGGUGGCCUUCUGAACACAACAGAUCGAUGGAUCAAUUAAACCAAGGAUGAGGGGACUGUGGUGUCCACUUUGUUCUCCAGCAUAGAGUGUGGCUUCUCAUCUUCUGUAUUCCGUGUAGAAUUCCUGUGGUGUCCUAAAAGGGGCUUCAACCCCAUGUGGCAGCAGUGGGACUUUGGGGGUUGUGCCUGUGAUUUUAUCCCCUUUUCCCCCUCAUGUUUCUACCAUGCUCUAAGGCCAGCACGCUGGCCACUACUCACACCUCCACAGAAUUAUAAUCCUGGUAUGAGAUGGAUGCUUUGAACAUUUUUAACUCACUAAAACUUCCCAAGUUUAUACCAAGCAAGAAAGUUGACUACAAAUAUCCAAUUAUCAUACUUUAAUCUUCUCAAUCUGUUUUCCCAAUUUGUAAUCUUACACAAUAGAUUAGCAGAAAGGACAGAGCUACAGAGACAUAUGUGUUACGGGACAGUUAAUUCAACCUUCCCCCCAAAACAUGGUGUGCUUAAAAACAGCCUUAAAUAGGGGCUCAGUUCAGAUAUACAUUCUUGUUUACACAGUCACAUGUUUGCUUUCCCUGACUGCUGCUGCAGGGCAGAUGAGCUGUCUCCCCAAGAAGGCACCAAUGUCAAUGAGAGUGCGGGAGUCCAAGGCUUCGAGGGAGUACUUCCUCCAGGAACGCUAUCAAAGAGACUGAGCAGAGCAGGUCACAGAGAAAAUGGGGAGAAAGGGGGAGGGUGAAAACAAAAUAUGAAAGAGUGAAAGAGGAAAGGAUGAGAGUGCAGCAGAACAAUGAACAAAUCAGGGAAAAGGGAAAAGACUGGCUGGUGGGAGGCAUCUUUGAUAUUCCCAACAAGCAGAGUAAGAAGGAAGGGGCAAAACGAGGUGGCAGCACAGUGGGCUGAGGUGGGCAGGACCAGCCAGGUAGAGCCUUGUGAGCAGGCAUGAAAGGGAAUAGCAGGGAGCCAAGGCCGUGCUGUAAGACAAUCCAUUCGUUCUCAUUAAACUUAAUGAUUGUGGUUUAACAUUCAUUGUGUGCUCAUCAGUGUAGAUACUUUGAUGCAUAAAUGUCCUUUGCUACUAACACUGGAUCCCAUAAAAAAAAAAAAAUGCAGGCCUAAUUAGACCUUUCCCAUAGAUAGAUCUUGCAGGUGUUGGAAAUACAAAUACAUCUUUUAACUAUCUACAUACUUGGCACAUUAAAUUAUCUGUAGACUUUUCCAGAAUUUAAUAGAACAAAGCAAAACCAUAAUCCUGCCAAAGGGUGUGUCAGAGGCCAGCAGAGUGAACCUGGGAGUGUGCUGGCCUAGCGUUUCUGUGAGAGACUGACCCGCACGUACGCCACAGAAUCAACGUGCCAACUCCUGCUUCACUGAACUGCAUUUAAUCAACCGGGUGGUGAAAUGACAUAAAGACA